UCCUCGCUCGGGCUCCGUUACAUCCCGGUCUGCCCUCUGCGCAUGCGCACUGCCGCUGUCUGCGCUCGUGUGGGGCCCGUGAGGAUCCAGCGGGAGUGUUAGCUGUGUAAUGGCGGCUUCGGUGUUGCUCUCCGCGGAAAGCGCCGUGCCCUCUUUUACCGUCGGCCAUCCCGCCGGAGCGGCGGCGGCGGGAACUACUCAUCACGGAUUAUCCAAUGCUCCCGGACCCGCGUCCUGGAACCGCUCGCUGGACCGGGCGCUGGACGAGGCGGCGGCCACCGGAGCGCUCAACCUCAGCGGCAGGAAGCUGAAGGAGUUCCCGAGGAGCGCCGCCGGACACGACCUGACCGACACCACCCGGGCCGAUCUAUCACGAAACAGGUUGACGGAGCUGCCGGUGGAGGUGUGCAUGUUUGUGUCGCUGGAGAAUUUGAACCUGUACCAGAACUGCCUGCGUUCACUACCAGAGAGUCUGAUCAACCUACAGUCCCUCACCUACCUAAACAUCAGUCGGAACCAGUUGUCCACUCUCCCCUCUCAUCUGUGCCGACUGCCGCUCAAAGUUCUGAUCGCCUGCAAUAACAAGCUGGUGUCGCUGCCGGAGGAUCUGGGCAAACUCAGACAGCUCACUGAACUGGAUGUCAGCUGUAAUGAGAUCCAGACGCUUCCUCCACAGAUCGGUCAGCUGGAAGCUCUGCGUGACCUCAACAUCCGCAGAAACCACCUCGUUCGUCUGCCUCCUGAGUUGGCCGAGCUGCCGUUGGUCCGGCUCGAUUUUUCCUGUAAUAAGGUAACGACAAUCCCAGUAUGCUACCGCAAUCUCAGACACCUCCAGAGCAUCAUUCUGGACAACAAUCCUCUCCAGAACCCACCUGCACAGAUCUGUAUAAAGGGAAAGAUCCAUAUAUUUAAAUAUCUCAACAUGGAGGCGUGUAAAGCAGCAUCAGACCUUCCAGACUAUGACAGAAGACCACUGCCCUACGGAUCCUAUGUGGAGGAUUUGUAUUCCGGCCGGCCGUACGGAGCUCUGGACUCUGGCUUUAACAGUGUGGACAGCGGAGACAAGAGGUGGUCGGGAAAUGAGCCUUCAGACGAGUUGUCAGACUUGCCGUUGAGAGUGGCGGAGAUCACCAAAGAGCAAAGACAGAGACGAGAUAGAGAAAGAGAGCGCGAGGAUCAUCGAACGGGGUCUCACGUGACCAAUGGCACAUUGGAAGCAGAGCUUGAACAGAUAGACUUCAUUGACAGCUGUACGGGGGAUGAGGGGGAGGAUGGGCGGAGCCGUAGAGGGGCGGAGCCUGUCAGCCUCAGCUCACAGUUUAUGGCCUACAUUGAAAGACGAAUCACCAGAGAGGGUUCACCUGUGAAGACCAGCCCAUCCAGAGAAUUAAGAACCGAUGAUCCGAGACACCAAACCACCUUACAUAACCGUGGUGGGUCAGAUACAGUGGUCACAUCUUCAUACACUCAUAACCAGCGGUCCGCUGGUGUGGCGUCAGGUUCUGGUGGCGGUGUGGAGAGAGUGAGAAGAGAAGCUCAGCUGGCGGCACUGCGGUACGAGGAAGAGAGACAGAAAACAAGACCAGUGCAAAGAGACGCUGUUAUGAAUUACGUCAAGCACAAGUCGUCUCAGAGCCCUACGAAGCUCAGUCCAACAGACAGUGAGAAUCUGUACCCCUCCAGACGGUCCACUCACACCGAUGACUCCGCCCUCUUCAUGAGUGAGUUUGAGCCCCUACUGAUAUUUGAGAUAGACACAGAUACCAACACUAUAAAGAAGAGGCCAGACCCUCACAAACAGUCUCUCUCUGCUGUACCGCUGGAUGGGUGUGUGUCUCCCACUUUAUCCGUCGCCUCCUCCUGUAUGCCGCAGGUACUGAACCGCAAGAGCCUGGAGAUGUCACUUUAUUUCUGUAGAUUUUCCCGCGGCCCCAACCAGAGACCUGAGAGUUACCUGUUUCGCCUGAGUCAGCGAGAGGAGAAGAAAAAAGGAGAAUCAGGCACGCAGAAGACGGAGCCAGUGGAAGCCACUCCCACACCGAGUCCUGCCCCAACAGGAGAGGAGGCGGUCCUGACAGAGCAGCUGAGAAGGAAUAUCGAGUGUCGACUCAAGGUGUCCUUACCCAGUGAUCUUGGGGCAGCUUUGACUGACGGGGUCGUGUUGUGCCAUCUGGCCAACCACGUGCGUCCCCGAUCCAUACCGAGCAUCCAUGUACCCUCACCGGCAGUGCCCAAACUGACGAUGGCCAAGUGUCGACGAAAUGUGGAGAACUUCCUAGAGGCGUGCCGCAGAAUUGGAGUUCCUCAGGAUAGCUUGUGUUCAGCUGGUGACGUGCUGAAAGGGGAGGUGGUCUGUGUGUUCAGGCUGGUCCAGGCCUUGCUCUCCCUGGCACCGCCUCCCUUUCACUCCGCCCCCUCUACCCAGCUGGCUGGAUUUGCCCUUUUCUACCUGUCAAUCAUGUCGCUGCUGUGUGCUCUCUACUGCCACCUGGUGCCAACCCAUUAAAUCGCUUUUCCAUAUUGAUCACUGCACUAAAAUAGCCAAUUGUUUGUGUGUUUGAGCAGAAUUACACAAUAGGUGGUGUUUAUGCGCACAGAUAUUACAUUUAUAGUGUUUUCUAGUGAUACUUUGCUAAGCUCCGCCCCCUUUGUGUAAUGUUGCCCGCUUUUGACAAGCUUUAUAUAAAUGCAUUCAUGCAAAUUUCAGUAAAGUGUGCUGAUAAAAUGGGACAAAUUGAUUGAAUGGUAUUAUUGCAUAGACUGGAAAGAAUUGUGAUGAAAGAAUGUGCCAUUUCUUUAAAGGAAAUUAAAUUGCACUACUGUUCAGUUUGAGGUAAAAUAUUUCUUUUUUAAUA